AUGAUCAGACAGUUAGUUAGGAGAUCACCACUCAAAUGUGGCAGCACGUUGUCUGGCAGAAGUUUAACCAAUGGCAACUCAUAUCUUUACUGCAGCAUCAGCAACACUCUUGUAUCGACACGCCAGUGUAAUCAAUCAUACCUACUCAAUGGUACACCUGUAAAACAAUCAUCAUCUUCAUCAUCAUCAUCAUCAUUAUCUAUGCUGUUGUCAUCGACACGAGCAACGACACAGAAUCGCAACUUCUCUUCAUGGUGUGUCAACAACAAUAUAAACAACAACAGAUACAAACAACAACAACAACAACAUCGUAAUGAACAUCAACAACAACAACAAAGUGAACAGAAUCAGUUCUCAGAUAAACAAUACACAAAGAUGGUAUUGUUCUCCUCUGCUGGCCUUGGUGUUGCUGCGCUGUCUGUCUUCCAGCUCAACACAAACUCUGAUGAAAAGGAUGAUAACGAUGAGCCAAGAAAGUUCAACAUCAAGGAAUCCCAAAAGGUCAUUGGAGGAAUCAUCUUGGUGAACGUGGGCAUCUAUAUGCUUCUCAAGAGUCCAUCAUUCUUGCUCCGAUACGGUGAUCACUUCUUCUGCUCAGUCAACAACGUCUCUUCAAGGCCACUGUGCAUUCUAUUGUCCAACUUUACGCACACCGAACCCUUCCAUCUCCUGUUCAAUAUGAUUGGACUUUGGUCAUUUGGUCAGGUGGCUCACGAUCACAUGGGCACUCUUCCUUUUCUAAUGCUCUACGUAGGCGGUGGCUUGGUUGGUUCAAUGACCAGCAUUGUCCACAAACUUGUGACAUCCUCAUUUACCAUUCCCUCGAUUGGUGCCUCAGGAUGUGUGCUCUCCGUGGUGGGCGCCAGCAUUAUGUUUGAGCCAAACAAUCGAGUGUCCAUCAUCUUCAUGCCCUUCUUUAGCUUUGAGAGCCAGACCAUGCUCUUUGCCCUCUUGGCCUUUGACCUGAUUGGUGUUCUCGGUCUGGGCAAGUUCACCAACUGGGAUCACAGCUGUCAUUUGGGCUCCACCCUACUUGGUGCCGUCUUGGGCGACAGCUAUCGAUACAAGUCGACAUUCCAGCAUUUCCAAGGAACAGGUGUGACAAUGAACGAAGGUCGUUGGACCUAUAAGGGCAGCUUCAAGAAUGGCAAGAUGGAGGGCGUUGGCUCACUCCACAAGCUACCAGAGAAUGAUCUAUAUGAGGGUCUGUUCCAGAAUGGUCAAAUUAAGGAUGGUAUCCUCACUCGUGAUGGAAAGAGAUACCGUGUAUCA